AAGCAAGCAAGCAAGCAAGCAAGCAAGCGAUCAUCGUCCAACGAACCAAAAGAACACACACACACGUCCGUCCGUCCGUCCAGCACUCUCAGACAGACAGCCGGCUGGCAUCAUGAGCAAACGAGCGGGAGAUGACAGCAUUCACGUGUUCAGGCCCAAGGGUGUGGAGAUGCCCCUGUGCCUGCCUGACAACGACGACGACGACAAUGCCGCCUGCUCAAGCAGCAGCAGCAGCAAGAUGCACACGAAGGGUCCCGUAUGUGUGUCGUGUGAACGAACGUUCCCGUCGUUGCUGUCGACGCGAACGUGUGAGGCCUGUGGCGCGCGCUUCUGUACCGUGUGCCUGAGCGUGAUCAGCAGCAAGCUCGGAGACAGGUGGGAGUGUGUUGCCUGCCAACCACGUGCCCUCACCAUUCCCGAGCCCCGCCGCUCCCCACGACGCGCAGCCCUGGCACGGCGCAAGGACGGCAGCCAGCAAGCCUCGUCGCCUGCAAAGCAACGCGCCAACACAAAGCGCAUCCUGCACGACCUCAAGCAGUGCCAUAGUUUAGAGCACCUUGGCAUCCGUGUUGAAGUCACAAAUGACAUUAGCACAUGGAACAUCUCUCUCCUGCUCGAUGAUGGAAGCAUGUGCUCGUGUCUGCUUGUGUUUCGGGAGGAUUAUCCGGCCACAGCACCACUCGUGCGUGUGCUCUCGCCGCACCACGCCACCGCACUCAAGAUGCGCACCGAGAUGGUCAGCCCGGACGGAUGGAGCUGCCUGAGCUUCCUGCUUGAAGGGACGCGGCGAUGGUCUUCUGGAAUUGAUGUUCCCGCUGUGCUCGUCUGUUUGCGUGCACAGCUCUCAGCAGCCCUGGCCCAGCGCUGACACGCGUGCGUGUGUGCACGCGUAUGCCUAAAGUCCAUUGUAGAUGCAUGUACUUCUCCCAGUUUCCCUUGUGUCUGUGUUUCCGUGCUGUCAUAUCCUUCUUCCUUUCCUUGAUACCACACACACACACACACACACACACUAGCUAGCAUUGCUGUUGAUAUUACGCCCACAUCCUCCCCCCUUUAUGAUUGCUGCUGCUUGUAUUGUGAUGAUGAAUGAUGUAAACGAUGCUAUUGACACCAAGUGGACGGG